CGGCGCUCUCCCGAUCCUGUGCCUGCUUUCUCGGAAGUCAGCUCCCCUCGGGAGAAAUCCACGGGACUUCGCAGACUUCCCCGAGAAGGGUUUAUUAUAUAGGAUUGUCGCCUUGGGGCGAAAAUAAGAGAGGAGACAAAACCGUGAUACUCUAGAAUCUGGGCAGAGGAGUUUUGUUUCCUGGAGUGGGGAAUCUAGUGGAGGUAGUCAAAAGUUGGAAAGGAAGGAGAUAGGAGGGGAAAGCGGGGAUUGCGGGCGGGAGUUGUUAAAACUUGCACCAAGUACACGAGAUCGUACCAUUGUACAACGUGCACGUUAACGGGAAAAGUAAUACUUUCGGCUCUGUUGUUACGCGGGCUGAUGCGGAUGAGCACCCUACUUCGGCUAUAAAAGGCACUGCAAAGAGCGGGAAAGCCAACACUUCUGGAUUUGGAGUAGCAUUAAGAAUCUGCAUUUUUAUGUGCUCCUUGAUUUGAGACAGCUGGAGUUUGAGGGCAGUCAGUGGGACCGGGUGAGAAGGAGGUGCUGGGAAAAUGAAGGACAUAGAACAGUAUUGCUGGACCAAAGCAAGGGGUGGCUGCAUGUGACAAGGAGGAAGCAAAAUACUUCAGCAUUAAGCACUCCCGGGCACGUUGUGUGAGUCCACUCUCGCGGCAGUGCCAAGGGUACUGCACUGGGGUCGAGGGGAAGGGGCUUCUUGGCUCCCCUUCUCCCAGUGGCAUUGAAUGUGCCAGGAGGUUAAUGCCCCUCUCUCCAAGUUUAUUUUCUUCUGCCCCGCCAACUUGACCCAGGCACCGGCAUUUCAGUGAGUCCAGCAGAAGAGGAGCACACAACAGCAGAAACAAGAGUGUGAGUGCUGCCACAGAGCAACCCUUGGCCGAGACGGUGAUGCUGGGCUGCUCUCUUUGGGGCUCUGUACCCCACACACCAACCGGGGAAAGGAGAGGACUUGGGUGGGCUGAGCUGCUGCUGCUGCUGCUGCCGGUACUCUCCGGCUGGGCUUUGGCUCAGCAGCCUGCCGAUUGCCCUGAGCUUUGCGAGUGUUCAGAGGCAGCCAGGACAGUGAAGUGUGUCAACAAGAACCUAACGGAGGUGCCACAGGACCUUCCCCGCUAUGUGAAGAACCUCUUCCUGACAGGCAACCAGAUCAGCAGCCUGCCAUCUUAUGCGUUUUUCUCGGAGCCCUUCCUGAAACUCAGUAACCUCAACCUGAGCAGCAACAACUUGGAGCGGGUGGAGACGGAUGCUUUAGCAGGGCUGCCCAGCUUGAAGCAGCUGGAUCUCAGUGGCAAUCCCCUCACUUGGCUCAGCCCCGCAGCCCUUGGCAAUACAAGCAGCCUCUUAGAGGAGCUGAACCUGAGCAACUCCCUCUGUAACUUGACUUUUGUGAACCUUGCUGAGCUGUUUCAGGGAGGAGCUCUUCUGAACUUGAAGCGCCUGGAUCUGUCUUCUAACUGUCUGUAUUUCCUGCCUGUAGGCAUGUUCUCCUCCCUGGCCAACCUGCAGCACCUGGACCUGCACAACAACUCCCUGGUGAGUUUGCGUAAUGUGUCCUUCCAGAGCCUCCAUCAGCUGCAGAGUUUCAACCUCAGUGACAAUGCCCUCCUGUUCCUGGAAAACAGCACCCUUCUGCAGUUCCACAGCCUUCCUGGGCUCACGAACCUCAGCCUCGGCCACAACCCCUGGCACUGUGACUGCCGCAUUGAGGACUUGGUGGACUGGCUCAAGGAAAGCAUCCAGGUGGAGGACAAGGAGACCCUCAAGUGCUCUUCUCCCGUCAACGUGCAGGACAGCCCCUUAGUGAUGAUUGACUUGUCACACCUGAACUGUCCUGUACCAACAGAUAGUCAGCUGCAGACAUCUUACGUCUUCCUCGGGAUAGUCUUGGCCCUUAUUGGUGCCAUUUUCCUCCUGGUUUUGUACUUGAACCGAAAAGGCAUCAAAAAGUGGAUGUACAAUAUCAGGGAUGCCUGUAGAGACCACAUGGAAGGCUAUCACUACAGGUAUGAGAUCAACGCAGAUCCCAGGCUAACAAACCUCAGCUCCAAUUCUGAUGUCUGAAGAAGCACUGUGGGAAAGCAGGCCAAGCACACAAUAGCUAUGCAUGAAGUGUAGACUUUUUAGCUUUACAUCUCCCCCUCCCCACACCCACAUGCUUGCUGCCCCUCUGCACACCCUCUUAGAGACAUCACAGACUUACUUGUGCCAUGCCAGAGAAUGAUGCUUAUCUGAACUACAAAAUUCACAAGUUUGGUUUCAUUAUUAUUUUUAUUGCCCAUAGUCAAUUAUGCAUGGUAUUGGGCAAUGUGUACACAACAUAAUUCUGUCUCCCUGCCUGAUUGCUUUGCAACUUGCUAUCGACCCUUGCUUGGAAAGAUCUCUCACCGUCUAAAAAGAAAAGAGACAUUUUCGCUUUCCUCUCUCUUAUGUUUCCAAACCAUGAGAGCAUAUUUUAAAAGCACCAUUCAACAAAGGCUGCCUCAACUUUCUUUUGGGAGCAAUAUUUUAUCCAUCGAUACUAAUUUUGGUUUGUAAGCAUCCUAGUUGUAAAGAAUUCCAAUAAACUACAAGCAUGUUAGAACACUUCUUUGAAAAAGUUCUCUGUACAAAAAAGCAAAUAGGGAGCAUGCCGAUUCUUGGUGAUUUUACAUAGUAGGUAAAACCUCAAAACCUCAAUAAAGUAUUUACUGUUUUUAAAAGGUACAAGCACUUGCUAUUUACAUGAAAACAGGAUUUUUUAAGGACCCCCUUCCCCAUAAACUGCAUAUGAACUGAAUCUGAACUGUUAAAUAAUUCAAUAAAUGUUCUUACAAUAACUUCUGUUUUGCUGAAGUAUGCUGUUUCAAUGCUCGUAUCUGGAAAUGAAGCACAGUAUAGGAUAAACUUCUGUAAUAAACUCAUUUUCCCUUUGCAAAACAUGGCAAAUGCUAAAAAAAAUUCAUUUAUUGUUAAGAUAAUUCAUGUUUGCUUAGAAGUGUUUUCAUCAACGUAGUUUACCUUUCAGUGAGACUAGGAAUAUACAAAGCUAUAAUAACUUGAAUGUGUUUAUUAAAUUGCAUGUAAACUGUAAUAUCUUUCAUUUUACAAUGUCAUUUUUCAUAUUCUGUUCUUAAAAUGACUGCUGUUCAACUUGCUUAAAUGUGCCAAGGAGGGUCCAUUUAAUUACCGCUACAGUUCUAGAGGUAUUACUUUUGGAACUGUUACUGAAAUUUUGCAACUAAUUUCCAAGUAAUUGUCAUGACCUGGCCAAAGAUAAGCACUUAUGCAGUCCUAUGCUAUGUAUAUUCCUCAGAAAUACAUUUUAGUGAGUUCAAUAGGAUUUACUCCCAAGUAUAUUUGCACAGGACUGGAGUAUUAAAAGGUGCAUGGAUUUCAGUGGGAAAAAUUAAAGCAUAUCUAACUUUCUCCUAUUGAAAUCAAUAUUACUUAAAAGUGCUUAAUUGAGGUUCUGUCAUACCUAAUGUGUUUAAGUUUGGGAUAAUAAACUGUAGUCAUAUCAUACAUACUUACCAUUCAAGUGUAUCUUUGUUCAUUUGGAAGUAAGAGUUUCAGUAGGGCUUACUCCCAAGUAAGCAUGCACAGGAUUGUAGCUCAACUGGGAAAUAAAUUCUGUCUAAAUCAAUGUGAUUUAGGACUUACAAACAGCAGAUUGGGUAAUAAAUGCUACUUUGGAUUAUUGGAGCAGGAGACUCUCACAUAAUUAAAUAUUCAUUUAUGCAUAGAAAACUGGUAUGUUGGGGAAAGGAUUCUAGUGUAGCUUUCGCCCAAUGUACCAUUAAACAAACCAACCAACAAACAAAAAACAAAUGUAAGAAUGCACACUGUGGUUUUCCCCUCCCAAUGUAGCUAUGCACAGGGCAUUUUCUAUAUGCAGGGAAUUUUUUAAUAUGUAUGGAAAACCACUCAAUUAUGUUGGCCUCUCCUCACCAACAGUGUGAAGUUGCACACUCCAUACCCAGGUGAUAAUAAGGCCUCAGUUGCAAGUAAAUGUGUGUAGGACUGCAAUUCUAAGCAUACUUACUAGGCACCAGACACUACUGAACACACAGGACUUACUUCUGAAUAAACAUGUAUAGGUUUGCUGUAUGAAUGGUAGUUUGUAAUCUAAGUGUUAUUCCUAAGGCAUUAUUGAAAGUCAAGACUGCAGAUCUCUAUAAAUAUAUACAAAGAUGAUGUGUACAGCAGCUCUCAAAACUUCCUGGGAGAUAUAUUAUAUAUGCACUUUUAUUCUUUUAACUUGUGCAUGGCUAUGGCUAUAUGUGACUGUUUUAUCAUAAUGCACAUUUGUACUGGUAUGCUUUGAAAACCGCAAUAUCAGAUGUACUUUGGAUGCUGUGGACAUCAUAAUGGUACAGAAGGUACAGGGAACAUGUUAUUAGUGACCAAGAACUUAAGACAGCAAAAGGAAACAAAUUGACACAGUGUUCUAAACAUCCUAAUUGCUGUAUCGACUCUUAACAGAUUCUGACAGACGAGCUCAAUUUUAACUAAGCAACUUUAUCAGUUCUUGCUACUAGAUACGUAAGCCCUGGGCUCCAAGUAGUAAGUACACGCAGUUUUGCUUUUGAGAGCUAAUUAUUUCAGCCAAGUCUGAUAAAAACAGGUAACUUACUUAAGAGUGCAAUCUUGUGUAUAUUUAUUUGGAAAUAAGUCCCAUUGUGUGAUUCUUAUUUCUAAGUAAGUGUGCACAGGAAUCUAGCUUAGUUAUCAGAACUUAAAAUUCUGUAGAGCUUAAUGUCACAGUUGUUGCUAUUAAUCUCAGGUGUUCAUAAAGCAUACUGUCCCACUGAGUAACACUAAAUCUCUCUUUGAGAUGUUGUUGACUUUUAAAUUCACAUUUAAAAGUCAAUACUAUAUUUUGAGGCUCAAGAGAAGUUAAGAACCAUGGUACAAGGUUUUUGUAAAUAAAAUAAAGCUGCUUAUUCUAACUACAGCCACUUUCUUCUAACUCAAGCUUAAAUAUUACCAGUACAUGAUAUGGGAAGUUGCCUUUUAUAAAAUAGCAGGUACCAACUAAAAAUAAUUUUAAGAAUGGCAUAACUGCUGAACAAAUUAGAAGUUUUGUGGGUUCACUGCUUUUAAAUCUGAGUUUUUGCUGUAGUUCUCAACUAAUCUCAGUAAUGGUCAACAUUUCCCCCCAGAGAUCACUCGGCACUGCUGGGUUUCAGUUCUACUGCCCUUUCUUAAGCAAUAAUGCAAUGUAAAUUUUAGAUUAUCAUAUGUAAAAUGUGUACCAGGCAAACAAAUGAACAUGUGCACAGAAGUUAAAAAUAAAUACAGUGACACAUCAUUUUGUUAAGAAAAGGCUUUGAACAGUGUCACGUGUGAUUUGGAUUUAAAUCGAACAGCCUUUCAUAAACUACCAUACAAAUCUACCAUUUGUAAUGAACAAAUCUAUUGUUCUUGUAUCAAUAUCCAUUGGACAGAGACUAAUUAUCAUGUUAGUUUCAUAAAAGUGCUGUUCACUUCUGUUUCAGAAUUAAGUUCUCCCUUUGCUCUUCUGUGCAUUUGUUAACAUUAGGGAUGUAGAUGUCUGAUACUGUUUUUCAAAUGAUAGGCACAUAGAAUUGUUUGUUUGCCAAAUAAUAGAUAGACUUGUAUUUCAUAGAGCUUACUAUAUUUGCUGUGAAGUAAUGCAGAGAGCUUAGUUAUCUUACUAGGAAUCAGAAUAAUACAUAUCAAAUCAUAUAUAUUUUAUAUAUUUUUCCAGCAACAAAAGAAAAAGCCCUGGCCCCAACCAUCCACCCGCCAGUUUGAAAUGCUUUAUUUCUAUCUUUUUCCUGGAGCUUUUGUUUUCGUAUGCUAUAGUUAUUCAGCUUGUUGUGACAUGCUGAGUGUUUCUUUGACAAGCGAAAGAUUUUAGAGGGAGUUACAAGGUGUGCAAUAUCAAAUUUGUGAAGAAGUAAAAAAAAUGUAUUCUCCUCUGGAUAAUAUUUUUACCUUGAGGAAUGCAACAAAAUUCAACCUACCUCCUUUGCAUUGAGUAACUUAAAGAAAUCAGAUUUAUUUGCUAAUUUGGAAAUGUCAGAUGCAAAACCCUGGUUGUUGACUUGCAUGGCCUCAGGAUUUCUAUUGUCCCAUUUGGACAUAGAAUGAAACCUCAGGUAGACAAAACUGUAGCUAAUCUGUGAAGCUGGGAAUCAUGCCGCAAAUGACUGACACUAACUGCGGUUUGUCAACCUCCAGCUUCUGGGCAGAGGAAGCCCUCCCUCUUCCUAGUCUGACUCCCAGCAGCAGCAGGAGGAGCAAGGAGAUGGCAGAGGGUAUGGCAUCAACUCCAAGUGGUAGCCAGCGAGAAAUGCGGCCUCCCUAGAACUGACACAUUUAUGGGCUGCUCUGAGCUGGCCUCUGUAAGGUGGUGGGAGGCGCUUGCACAGGAAACCCAGGUUAUAGUGGUGGCAGAAUUUGGACGACCCAAUUCUGCCUUCUAACCUCAGGUUUCAGCAGCAAAAUUCACUACAAACUGAGGGUUCAAAUUCAGGGUUGGGAGUGCAAAUGGAAUCACGGUUCAGUGACAAAACCACGACCUCACGCUUUCAGACAAUUACAAAUUCAAACCUCUGGUACAUUUACCUCUGGUUUGGAGUUCUGUCUGAACAGGGCCUACAUCUCUAUUAUGUUAUAAUACGAUGACAAAUACGAAUACGAUGAAUAUUUAUAUAUCACUUUUCAACAGAAGUUCCCAAAGCGGUUUACAUAGAGCUAAACAAACAAACAAAUAAUUUCCUAUUAAUUUGUGAUAGGCACUAGCAACUAUGUGUAGUUGAAAAAGAUAGCUGAGGCCAGCUAGACCUCUUCAUAGCCAUGGAAAUUUGGCAUGUUUAAACUCUGCAGCUCUUCAUGGCAACUUUUUCUAUUUGCCAAAUCAUUCAUAACACUUAGUAAAUGUUUUCUGGAUAUCCAAAUUAAACUUGCUUUGUUUGUCUUUCAUCCACUGGCUCUUCAGCUGCCAUCAUAGCUUCCGUGGCAUUCUACACAUAGCAAUGGAGGUAUGGAUGUCCACUUAUGCUCCAUUUGCUAUAAAAAUAUCCUCACAACACACACACAUCCAGGCAAAGAGCUGCCUAAUGAUGGACACCUUUGGCCAUGCCAGCAAUCCUUAGAUUGCUGCAUCCAGAGCCAUUACCUGCUAUACCUUUACGUAGCAAUCCCUGCCUUUCAUGUGUUCUUGUGCAGAAUUUGUGCACAUGAGAGAAGACAAGCAAUGAUGUAGAUGGUGGUCCUUGCUAAGUUUUGCCAUUAGAGGGCUUGGAAAGGAGUUGUUUAUCCUCUUCUAAAUAAGUAGCCUGUCAAAUGCUUGAAAACAGUGGUCACAUGCUCCAUUAAAUUAACGGUAUCCAUUUCCCCCCAGCUUUAUGGCUGCACAUAUGAUUUAUGGGAGAGAAAGGGAGGGGGGCCCUUGAUGAAAUUCACAAGCCCUGCUGCAGAUCAUGCCACCUCUAGCCUCCUAAAAGCAGCUGAGGGUGCAGAGGCCCCCUGGGCAGCAGCGAUAUAGGAAGAUGCUGAAAGGCAUCAUUUCAUAGUGUGCGGGAAGAGGCAAUGGUAAACCCCUCCUGUAUUCUAUCAAAAGAAAAACACAGGGCUCUGUGGGUGCCAGGAGUCGGCAUUGACUCGACGGCACACUUUCCCUUUAAAUGCACUCGGUGAUUACAAACUGGAUCACUAGACUAUAGAUUAACAAGAUAAUGCACAAUAUACAAGAUUCUGAAUAAAGACUCUGCAGCUGAAGCUGUGUUUGGAUGCAGUGGUUGUGCUCAAAUAUCUAUUCUCUUUAGAGGUUUCUAGUGCUCUGUCAUCAGGCACUGAUCAAAGGUACACCACCUUUCAUUUCACUGAAGCACCGGGUGCUCUCAGGCCAUACGACCAUUUAGUUAUAAAGCCCUCACAACAGUAGGUUGUUAAUAAGAAUUCACUACAAAGUAGCACUAUAUGAAACUAUUCCGUGUUGAGGUUUCUUGUUUUAAUCUCCCAACUCAGAAUUUGAUUUUUUGUUUGUUCAGAUCUCUUGCCAACGAAAAAGCAGUUGGAUGACUGCAGCUAGAUGUGGAUACAUAUUGUUUUGUAUUCCCUCUUAAAGUCGUGACAUUUAAGGAGCUCAGUCAAAGCUGGCACAAUCAGAAUCUAACUUAAUUUUCUUUCUUUCUUCAGCAGCUGAAUGGUCACAAGCUACAACAAUAACUCUGUACAUGUGAUGAAGUCAAAUAAGAUUUGGUAAGAGAACAUUUUCAGUUUGAAGCUUCUCAGUUCCUUUUGAUCUACUACAGAAGCAAGGCUGAGCUCACAGCUGCCGUCGUGAAGGAGCCCUUGGUAAUGUCCUUGUCAACAAUGAGGAUGACAACAUGGCUUGGCAGAAACAAUUAUUAUUUGCUUGAGACAAUGUUCUGUCAUUGUAAUUGACUUGUGGCCAUCUGUGUAGUGGAUGAGAGUUCCUAUAGAAGCCCUUAUGGAUGCAUAUCUUAUGAUACAUCCUUGGACUUCUGCACAAAAUAACAAGAAGUAUGUGCUUCGAGGCUUGCUGCUCAAGGGUUUCAGUUGCAAUAUAUCUGUGAUGACAAAAUGCUGCUUGUUAGAAACAUAUGGAUGAAGACAUAAGCAAUUUUGCUAAAUAGGAAUUAGAGGGGAAAAGGAGACACGUCUCAGGCUUUGAUUAGCUCACUAGCAGGAAGGUUUAAGAGGAGUCCAUUUCCCUUUUCUCUGGCCAUGAUUAUGGUUGUGAUGUGCCUCUGACCCAGAGGUGCUCUUACCCCUGGACUUUGGGGCCAAUGUCCAGGGCCUUCACAGCCCCUGGGCCCUCCAAAUCUUCUUUAGUCUGUCCCAGGUGGUGUGGUUACCCAGCCAAGCAUGAUGAUGCUUAAUUUGCAGGAGAGGGGGGCCUCCAAAGGCCUUUAGGUCCAGGCUCCAAAAUUACCUAGGUGCACCUCUGCUCUGACCGAGGAACCACGCGGGGCAGGGCUGUUUCCGACAUGCCUAUACCUGCAUGUUCAAGGUGGUGGGCAGAAAGAAGAGUGUCAGCACCUUGUUUUGUUUUAAAGACUAUUAGCUUGCUCUUUUGGAAUGCAAGAGAAGUACUUGAAGGGGUGGUGGCGGCGGCACCAUUCCUUUUUUUUGCAUUUUAAAAUUUUUAUUGGUUUUUACAAUAUCUUAACAGUCAAAUUACAUUUAAUUAAGUAAAUAUUGACUUCCCGCUCACCAAUCUGCGCGGUUCAUAUUAGCUCUACAAAUCUACCAUUUCUAUAAUAAUUCAAAACACAUAUAGUCCACAUUGCAAACUCGAUUUUACCCUACCCAACCAGCUGUUAUUACUAAAUUUCAAACCCUGCUGAAAGGUCCAUAUUUGAAAAAUAGUUCUUUAAAUAAAGUAAGUAUGGCUCCCAAUCUUCGUUGAAACAUUCCAGGUUUUCAUCCCUUAUGAGUGCUGUAAGUUUUGCCAUCUCAGCGUAUUACGGCGGCAUCAUUCCUGGUGUAUUGCAGGCCAUUUUAGUGCUGUAAACAUGAGCAAACCAUGCUGCUCCUCAUUUCAGUUGAAUUGUGUGAGGGUGUAGCCGUCAUGCAGACUGUCCUUCCAAACUGUCCAUACAACAUUCUUUAUUCCUAUGUUCAAAACAUCCUAGCUUAAGGUUGGGUAGGAUAUCUAUCUCAGUUAUAUGAGCCUGUGAUUCUUUGAUGCUUUUUAACCAAUUCAUUCCCUAUUCUAUUUGUUAAUUUCCAUCUCCUCACCCAGUAUAGAAAGUACUUUAAUCAGUAGCAGCAAUAUGUUCCAUCUUCUCUCCCUCACUGCCAUCUUCUUAAUUAGUUAAUAUAAUGGUGAUUCUUUUUUCUUUCCUUCCUACCCAAAGUUCAUAUUUACCAAAAAGGUAACAAUAAUAUCUAUUCCUUCUUCUCUUCCUUACUUAUUUUUAGUCAGUUUUAAAAUGGGAAGGCUCUUUCUGACUGAUGUGUUGCACAUAUUUUCUUUGGCCGACUCUAAAAUGGCAGCUUUUCUUCUCUCUUCCACACUACCAAGCACCCAGGGAGGCAGCAGGUGAUUAGCUAUGGACUGUGUGGUCCUGAACUACUAGUCAAAUGAACAGAAAAACAGUGGACAGGCCAAAUUCAUUUUCACUGUGGCAGAUAUGCUAUUGAACUUAAACCGAAUGUACCACUGGUGGGGGCGGGGGCACCAAAUUUCUUUAGAUUUGAAGCUCUAAGCCAAAAAUAAUAUGGUAGUUGGGAAUCUGAGAUUUAAGCUUUGGAAUUCAAAGCUGGAUUCCACACAUGAAAGCGGAAAUUGUUCCCAUUGUAUGCCAAAAUAAGGAAAGGAAAUAUCUUCCCCCUUCUCUCCUCCCCCACCAUACACCAUCUUCCUCCAUAUUGAUUCUGCACUUUACUCUGGAGACUCAGACUUCUGAAAUUAGGAAUAUAACUACUUUAUGGUGAGUGCCAGUUUUGGACCUUGUGUUGAUUUCCUGCAAAUCUACGAACGUAAAACUUGCAAGCAACACAGGAACCAAGAGUGCCAGAGUUUGGCUAAUACUUUAAACUGGCAUCAGCAGAGUUUGGAGAGAUCAAGAGCUGAAAUGGAAGGGCAGGGGCAGCAAGGGGAAGACUUGGUUUCACAUUCUGAAACCAAAACUGGGCUUGAAAAUAGAAAGUGCUCAGGAGGGAGUUAUUGCCCCUUAGUACGAUUGCAUUCCAAAGUGCUGCCUGUUGGUUAUCCCAAGAGUAGUUUAUAUCCACCGGCAGAAUUCUUUAGUUGUGUGUGUUGUAUUGAGUGUCUGAAAAUGUCAUUGGUAUUGCAUUGGUAUUGCCACACAUCGGGCCAGUUCACACAACUGAGAACUGGCCCAACUCGCUGCUUAUCCCAGGAUAACUCACCCAACACACCUUGAUUUUCGCUCACCUGCGAGCAGAUCAGGGUUAGCUAAAUAGAGCCACCACCACCACCACCACCACCACCAUUUGGCAAAUGAUCAUUUUCAGAGAAUUUAACCAGGAUUUUUAUCCAGGAUUUCACAGAUGAGUGAAAUUCAAGAGUGCCCCCGGUGAGUUAGCCUGGUUCUUAGUCUUGUGAACCGACCCAUUGUAGCUCAGCCAUCUUUCCUAUCAGCCUGGGUAUCUAAGAGAGCGUCUUCUUCACUAUGAGCCCUACUGCUCAUUGAGGUCAUCUGAGGAGGUCCGUCUCCAGUUACCACCAACUCGUUUGGUGGCUACACAGAGACGGGCCUUCUUGGUCGCUGCCUUGAGAUUGUGGAAUGCGCUCUCUGCUGACAUACAAUCCUCCUCAUCUCUGGCAAUUUUCAAAAAAUACCUGAAAACCCAUCUUUUCACCUAAUCUUUCUCAGUUUCCUAAAAAAAAAUUAGGUUUUAAUCUCUGGUUUAUUUUUAAAUUUUUAAAUUGUUUAUAGUUUUUUGUAUAUGUUUUUAACUUGUUUUAUGCUGCUGUUAACCACCCAGAGACAAAAGUUUGGGGUGGUAUACAAAAUUGAUAAAUAAAUAAAUAAAAAUAAUAAAUAAUUACAAAUUGUGUAAAAGAAACCUAUCAGGCAAGGUUUUAGUACUCUGACUCUAAGCUAAUUGGUCAUUUGAACAUAUUGAACUUAUAUCAGGCAUGGGUUUUCUGUCUGACUGACUGAGCAUACGCCCAAAGUUAAAAUUAUGCUUAAAUGUUAUUGGCCUGGUGCUAAACUGCAUAUACUUAGUAUUCAAAGGAGCUGACUCAGGUAAAUAUGCAUGAAGGUCAAACUAGAUGAUAUGCCAUUUGCAUUGUGUGCUUGAUUUUUCUAAGGUAAACUGCACUCAGAGAAUGAUCCCGCUCAGUACCAUGGUGGGGAAAGCUUUUCUCAUUGCCUUCACAACAGUCCCAAUCCAGACUGGGCCACCUGCCGCUGCUAUUGGCCCAAGUGAAAAGGUCAUAUUGGCUCCAAGGUCACAGUUGUGCAAAAUAGUGUUGAUUGUGUUGUUUUUAAAAUUUGAGUUUUCACUCAUACACUCUGCCCUCCCAAGCCUCCUCUAGUCUCAUACGACUUGUACAGGUACAGCUUGAAAAUUGAGCAAAUGACAGUGUUUAGCAGACUUCAGAUUUGAAGUCAACUUUAUUUGACUUCAGUUCAAACCAAGUCAGUUCAAAUUUGAUUCAACUUUGUUAAAGUAAAUUGUGUUCUCCAGAAAACAAUGUACAAGAAAUUGUGAUUGAGGUAUUGGUUCCUUAUUGGAUAAAUUGCACAAUCCAUCUGGAAUGUCUCCUAUGAGAGUCCUAUUGAAAUGAAUGGCAGUUGCAUAAGAGCAUUACCAUGUUGCUACAUAGCUCCAAUUCAUUUCAAUAAGAGUUGCACAGUAUAGUUUCCUGGCAGAUUGCACCCAACACCUUUUCCAUCUCUUGCAGUGAUGCAGUUGAUUGAUGGCAUGUUGGUGAAAUGUUGUAUCUUUACAUCUGCACUCUUUCUGAAAUGUUGCAUGAACAUUUACACCGAGUGUCUGAAAAUGCCAAGUAUUAUAGCUACUGAGAUAUUUUAAAUGUUUGAAUUUGUUCAGGUUUACAUAUUCAUUGAAAAAAGAAUCUUGUGCAAUAUUUAUUAAAAUGUAGAUAUGCACAAGAAGAUAAAAUUUGCAAAAGGUUGAUUAUAGAUCAAAGCAUAUCUAAGAGAUAUUUUGGUUCAUAUCCUUCACCUGAGCAAGUCAGUUUGUCACAGAUCAUAUUGAAUUGUAGUUUUGUAUCGAAUGUAUUUUUGGUAAUAAUAAUAAUAAUAAUAAUUAAUAAUAAUAAAAUUGUCAUUGUCGUGCUGCAUGUUUACACUAACUGUGGUUGAUAAUUUUAUAUACAGAUUAUUGGAAUAGUUUUGAGAAGUAAAUUUGGGAAGUCUAAGUGAAAUGUUGCUUUGCAGUUUGGUUUUUUCUGACUGCGACUUGGUUCAUUUUUUGCUUUAAUUUACUUUUUAUAAAUAAUUGCAAAAGAUCUGAAUCUCGGUUAUGUAACCCCACAGUCCCAUUUAUGCUGUUCUACCUGAGGCAUGUAACCUCUUCCUACAGCUAUAAUUCUGAUCACAUCAAUGGUGGUACAGUUCUACACAUGCAUCGGAGCUCCUUUGCCUGCUCGACUGGGGUGAUUAGCAGCAAGCCAGAAAAAUACAAAGUGGGAUCCACAUGUUUAGUUUGGCUUUUUUCUUUUUACCUUUUUACUAAGCAUAGUCACUCCAAACUGGCGUGUAAGCUGUUUUUAAUUUUUAAUUCCCUGAGAUGUGUGGGAGAAUCCCUACUGUGUACUCACAAGCCCCUGUUCAUGAAUAAAGAGGCUCAUUAAACUGCAGCCAUUAUGUAAAAGCAAAUCCCAUUUAAAUAAGUAUUUAAUAUUGGGAUGCCAAAUUUACAAUUGUCUGAAAUUCUGAUUCCUAGUUUAGCAGCAGGUAAUUAGUUCUCUUAUUUAUCCAAAUUUCUCACCCCCUGAAGAUUUGUGUGCACAUUAUAUUUUAAUGGGAUUAACUCCAGGGAUAAUUGCCACUGGUCCCUAUGUCAUACUGAAUGUUGUUGUUUAACUAGCUGUUGGAUUUUUACUUAAUUCUAUUGAGUUCUUUCCAGCCAUUGCUUACAGAUAGGUUGGAAGCUAUAUAAAAUCCAGCAAUUAAGUCUGCAGUUUCCCUUGGACAAACAAAACGAAAAAAGAAAAUGUAAUAUGUGCCUCAUGCCUGAAUGUUUGUCUUUGAUUAAAACCCCUGCACCACUGUUGUAUUCUUUCCAGUAUCUUUUAUGUUUUGUUUAGAAGUUUGUCCCAGUGGGGAACCUGUAGAGAUUAUGUGGGGUGGUGUCAGAAAGAAAAAGAGAGGGAAAAGAGAAAGAGAAAAUGGAGUUGUUUCUGAAUAAACUCUUAGUUAAAUCUAGACAAGACUACUUUGUGUUUGUGAGGGAAGCACUAUAAAACAACAGUUUUAUAAAACAGGUUGUGAGGGAAAGCACUAUAAAACAACAGUUUGUUCUGUGUUGGUUUGAUUGGCAGAGCAGAACAUUUCCUAAUCUUCAAUAAACAGUAAUCUUCUAAGAAUUGGCCAUAGCGAAAUUUGCAAAAAUAAAAAAAAACACAAGCUCAGCUGAAAUCAGAAAAAUCAGGACUGUAACUUCAUUUUGGAUCAAUAAAUGUGUACAAGAAUAGGAAGUCUGAGAUGGCAAAUUGCUGACUCUGGAAUAGUCCCUAUUCAAGCUAUGCACUAUGAACUAAUUUCAUUGUAAAUCCUGUAAAGGUUGUACUAUUGUUCAAGAGUGUUUACCAAAUGAGUUGGUAUGAUUGAAUGCAUUGCUCUGAAAUAAAAGGAUUGUCGCUUUAUUCAUA